AUUUGAAUAUUCAACUUUGAAUCAUAGUAAGCUUUGCGCUUAAAAUCCAAUUAACCAGCAAUAUUUUUGGCAAACAAAAACUCUUGUUAAAAUGAAUAAAACAUUUUCGUUAGAAGAAGCGUAUCAUAAGAUGAGCUGCUUUAGUGUGAUGGGGGCGGACUUCAAAGACCGCUGUAAAUUAGCUAUGGCUGUGACGCAGUGCACUCGCGUUAUGAACUUUUUUAAGUAUUACGAAAUUAUGUACUGUGGUAUAGAAAUUCGAAACCAGGCUAGCGAGUUGGCUGUUAUAAUAAUUUUCAGCUUAAUUUCGAUCUUACUAAUGAUAACUACCGCGUAUUUGGUCGAUAAAUACUUUGCUCCAGCUUUAAAAAUUAUUGCAGUCAGGCUAAACAUGAAUGAGUACCUGGCAGGCGUAACAUUACUGGCCUUUGGCAAUACUUCGCCAGAUCUAAUGGCCAAUUUAAUGCCUGUUCGUAGGCACGCACCCCUUUUUACCAUAACUAUAAGCAAUUCUUUAGCUAUUAUUCUAAUAAGUGGCGGAAUGAUAUGCUACGUGAGGUCCUUUAAAAUAAAUGGACACUGUGCCAUACGCGAUCUUCUAUUCGUACUACUAUCUUGCGAGGUGCUCAUCUAUGUAAUGUUAAGCGAAACCCGUUUGACCGCAAGUGAGGGAAUCGCGCUUGUAUCGUUAUAUUUUGUGAACUUGAUUAUCGUCAUUGUGGAUAGUCAGUUGGUACGUCUAACUAUAAAAGCACUUCACAAAGAGAUCGAUUUGCUGUUCAACGAAUCUGUUUCAGCAGAACGAGAUAUGUUAAUAAAAGAAAAAAUUGCCCUAUUGCGCGAGCUAGAGCUAGACCAAAUAUUGAUUGUACGCCACCGUCAUAAUGAAGCAAACAAUCUUUCUUCCAUUUACAGUUUUAGUCGUAGACGAACUUUCAAUGGGAUCUCAACAACGAAAAAUGAUGGACUGCCACCAGCAGUUAAUCUAAAAGAAACGCGAAAUUCUAUGUAUCAUCCACGUAACCAUAGGAAUAAAUCUUUGUGCGUUGAAUUUCUUAGAGAUCUGAUACCCGUCGACUUAGACAAAUGGAAAGAAAGAGGCUGGAUUGGACGCACUAUUAUUAUACUACUCUCACCUAUUGCUCUGCCCUGUUGCAUUUUCAUACCUGUUGUCGACUACUCGCGAAAGAAGCAUGGCUGGAGCAAGCUGCUUAAUUGUACACAAAUUAUUACCAAUCCAUUUAUGUUUAUUAUCCUGACAGAAGCAAUGAUUGUCAAUGAGUACGACGACUGGCAUUUAACAAUAGAUUUCAGUUUGGCGAAAUGGUCAUUGUGUGUGACUGUGCCUCUAGCCAUUGCCGUCUUUAUUCAGACACGCACGGAUAGGCCGCCAGCAUAUCAUAUUCUUUUUGUUAUACUUACCGCCAGCAGCUCGAUGCUUUUGAUAGCGAUUUGUGCCACCGAGCUGGAGGUACUCUGUUGUAUUAUUGGAGUUGUCUUUCAUAUGUCGGAAAGUUUUGUUGCUAGUAGCAUUCGAUCAUUUUCAUCGGCAAUUACUGAUAUGAUCAUGAACCUGGAGCUCGCCAUGCAGGGCUAUGAACGAAUGGCAUUUGCUGCGACCUUAGCUGGACCAUUUUUCAGCAUUACAAUAUGCAUGGGCGUUCCCAUGUUUUUCCACAAUUACAAGCAACAUGACAAUUCACAUUGGCUCUUUGGGGAGCAUGGUGCGAAUUGUUAUUAUUUCUUUUUGAUAACAGUUUUUACAACUCUGAUCUGGACCGUAACUUUUAAUUUCUUUGCUCGUCGUUCGGCGGCAAUUUUUGCAUUUACAUUGUAUCUGUUAUUUAUAUUGUAUGCGGUGCUCGCUGAGUGGGGUUGGAUACAUGAGUUUGCAGAUGAUUUAAAUUUUGAUCCCAAAUAAGACGAUUUCGUGAAGCCUACUAAAGGUACGGGAUCAGAUUUUGCAUAUGUACGACAAUUUUACUAAGAUAGGUUUCAAUAAAAUGAACAUUUCGAUUUAAAAAUGUA